UUGGCUAUGUGUAUGAGCUAUGUGUCAGUGAACGCGAGUGAACCCUUUUAAUUUUUAUUGCUUCAAAUGGGCGUAGCGGGCACUUGCUAUUCGUUGACAUUUUGCAAUGAAACGGCGUUUGAAAAAAAAGAAAGAAAGAAAGAAAACGCAUCGCACGCUUAUCGCGGCUUGCCGCUUGACAUCUUGUGAUUGGCCAGUGGUUCCACGUGAGGUUACGUGGUGCGUGAGCGCGAGUUGCUCGAGCAGCUCGAGCGCGAGCCUCGUUCGACGUUCGCCUUUGGAACCCGGUUGUCGUGCGGAAUCGUCUAGACGCUUCGAUUCUUCCUUCAGAGGCCGACGAAGCUAAGGACGAGAUGUCAACUGUCGCUGCAAAGCGUGAAAGGAGAAAGAAACCCAAGCCUAAGCUUUCGUUUGGCUCCUCAAGUGGUGCUUCCGGUAACCUGCCUUCCAACAUGCAAGCAAACCUGCCAGAAUUGUUUGCACUUCUUAAGAUGCAACAAGUGCAAGGUGAUGAGCCUCCGUGCGAAGUCAAUGGCAACGUGACGGGGUGGUCUGCUCACAAGCGCUCGCUGAAAGAUGAUCUCCUGAUGUAUUCUGGAACGACGCCAAAUGUUCCCAACAGCACUCGUUCAUCACCGGACAGCACCACAGUUUCGGCCGGUGUGGAAGAAGGAACAGUGGAGCAAGAGGUGGAGCUUGAGCCUCUGACUGAAGCAGAUGUAACUGAUAUCGUGAGGCAACUGCGAGAAGUCCUGCAGGAGAACGGCCCGUCACAGGAAGACGACCUGCUGAAUGCCCUGGCACCUGAGCAGGCUUGCCGGGUGCUGGCCACGUACGACACAUUAACUGCCUUCCUGGACCGGCACCCGGGAUUCAGACAGCUCCACGAGGACCUGCACUCAUUCAUCUACUACCAGGACCCUGACGAUGAUGAUGACGACGACGACUGCUACUGUCCCACUGUUCCACUUUACAAUGGAGUCCCUGCACUGAAUGCUGGUGCCGAACACCAGCUGCACUCCCUGGUCACUGGUGACAGUGGACCCCGAAGUGUGCGAAGCUCAUGCAGCAGCACUUCAUACGAGUCUGCCAUGGAGGAGGAGGAGGACUAUGAGAAAGGAAAAGACAAGAAGUGUGGCCGCAAAGACGGCUCCAGCCAGACACCCUCACGGCCUCGUUGCCAGUCACGAGCCCUGCAGGCAGUGCAGCUAACAUGUGAUGCCGAGGUCCAGACCCAAGGAUGGGACCCUGCCCAGUUCGCUGAGAUGGAGCUGAUGCUGAGGAAGCGAAACACUGAAAUCUCUCAACUACAAGAAAGGCUGGCAUCUGUGCAGGAAGAGCAUGCCCGCGAGAUGCAGCAGCUUCGUCUCAAAAUUGAGGAGCUGCGCAACAGGCCACUAGUACCGCAAACACCACCGCCACAAAAUGAGGCGAACCAGGAGUUGAGGAGUAGCUGCUCCACUUCGGAUGAGGAGGAAGACGAGAGGCCUCGGGGAGUGGCCACCAUGAACGGAGAGGCUGAAGAAGAGGAAGAAGGGCAUGGCUGGCUGCAGGCACAGUCGCCUGCUGUGCGCCGUUCUCCACUUGCUCGUGCAGAGCCCGACGAAAAGCUGCAUGCACUUUCCAUCGAGCCCAAGCCUAAGCCGGCGCCCCCAGCUGAGCAGAAAGUCAAGAGGCCGGCAGAGCGGCCUCAGGUUCCCGAGUUCUAUGACCUCCACUGGCGCAUGGAGCAGGCUGCUGCUCCAUGCUCGGACGUUGAGUCCAUGUGGUCCAGCCGGGGAGGAUCGCCUACGAAAAGCAAGACGGAGAUGCAGAUUGCAAAAAUAGUACACAUGGUUAAAAAGAAGCAGCCGGACUAUGCAGAGCAAGAGAUCCGCAGGCAUGUGGACUACCUGCGAAAGAUCCAGGGCGGGUUCUCCCGCAUGACCUUCAACUCCAUUGUAGCCCUUGUGCUUGGCCACAUGAAGAGCAACGCAGAGUGAGUGGUGCGUGCUUCACAGCCUGCCAUUCCCAUAAGCACUGAAAGAGGAUUCUGCCUGUGAAGACAGCACCUCCACAUGCUGCAGCUCCAUCAAGGACACUGCACGUGGCCAUGCCCAUGCCCUUUACUUUUUUUUUUACUUUUGUACUUUCAUUUGUUUUAAGCUAAACCUGGUCUUUUUCUGUAUUUCUGUAACUUCUUUUGUAUUGCAAAAAAGAGGUGACUGCAUGGGUGGGCAGUCUUAUGCUUGAUGUACAGAACUUCCUGUUAAGUUUUUUUUUUUUUCGGCAUUCAUCAAGCAGGCAAACAUUAGUUAAGUUUCUACUGUACAGUGAUGCCAUGAACAUGUGUCACGUGUAAUGUCCUCUGGUGCCCUCUCACUCCAUCUGUGGGCACAUAUGAAAAGCAGGUGUGCCAUGCUCGUGCCUUGCAGUGCCAACGCUCCCCUUGGCAGCCCGGUACUUCUCGCCAGUGUUCCAAGAAGCCUCUCGCCCCUCCUCGCCAGUGAUCUCAACAACGAACUGGUCUCGCAGCAUUUUUUUUUUUGUCCCAUGCGAUCCUUUGCCACGUGCACAGGCAUGUGGCAAAGUAUUAGUAUGUUAGAAAUGGCUACGCUUCACCUGGCCUGACCUUGCCGCAGAAGGGAGCGUGCAGGUUUUGAUUGAUAUUGUUAAAAAGAAAAACAAAGAAAAUAAACACUUGUGUAAGAUA